GAGAGAGAGAGAGAGGGGGACUGGGAUCUGUGAAUGGACGAGGAGGAAGAAAGGGUUGAAGCUGGUUACCUAACUGGAAAGCAACAGACUUUUCCACUAUGGGCCUCCCGUCUGUGAUGGUACUGCCUUUGCUGGUGGUGGUGUUUGCUGGAAUCUAUUACGUUUACAACGAGGUCAUCCAGUUCAUGUCCAAAUCUAUAGUACGGAACAAAGUGGUGGUGAUUACAGAUGCCAUGUCUGGAAUGGGAAGUGAAUGUGCCAAGUUGCUUCAUGAAGGUGGUGCACGGUUGGUGCUGUGUGGACCCAGCUGGGACAAGCUGGAGUCUCUGUGUGACUCUCUGUGCAGUGGCUCAGAUCCCAGCAAAAGCUUCACACCCAAGCUGGUGCUGCUGGACUUCAGUGAUAUCGACAGCAUGUCGGAUGUGAUCACAGAGAUUAGGGAGUGCUACGGGUGUGUGGACGUCCUGAUAUGCAACAGCAGCAUCAAGGUCAAAGCACCGGUGCAGAACCUCUCUCUGGACAUGGACAAAACCGUCAUGGAUGUCAACUACUUUGGGCCCAUCACUUUGGCAAAGGGUCUCCUGCCAUUAAUGAUUGCCCGGAGAACAGGUCACUUCAUACUUGUCAACAGUAUCCAAGGAAGACUUGCUGUCCCAUUCCGCACCUCUUACGCGGCCUCCAAGCAUGCGGUGCAGGCCUUCUUUGACUGUCUAAGAGCCGAGGUGGAAGAGUAUGGCGUCUCCGUCAGCACCAUCAGCCACACGUUCAUCAACGCGGCAGCCCCGAGCCCCGCCCUCUCUGACCCACAGCCAACCAACGCCCUGUGGGCAUACAUUUUGAACAAGAUGACCACUCACGGCGUGAGCCCCAAGAACCUGGCUGGCGAGAUAGUGAGGGUGGUGAACCGGCAGAAGCGCGAGGUGCUCCUGGCCCACCCCAUCCCCCGGACGGCCCUCUACGUCCGAUGCUUCCUCCCCAGUUUCUUCUUUGCUGUGGCGGCUGCGCGUGUGAAAGACGGCACCAUGGAGGAGCCGCUGAAGUAGACGCACACGCGAGAUGGAAGCGAAGGGCCGAGAGACAGGCCGUGGAAGCUUCUAGCCACAGCUCUGUCACGACACACGUGAUGCGAUGCUCCUACUCCUUGCUCUACAUUUGUAUUUGUGACCUUUACAAGCACAACAUUGCAGUUAUGUGCUAGCAUGUAUAAGUGAUGUUUGCAGGAUUUAAAAUAAUUUACAUGUUUAGACAUUAAGAAAUGCAAAAUCCAGUUAGCUAUGUUCUUCUUUGUUUCUGGGAGGUGGAAUAUGAAGUGCCUUUUAAAGAGCUUUGGUUUUUAAAAUCAGUGUAAGAAUUGUACAUUUUGAGAUACACACACACACACACACACACACACACACACACACACACACACACUCCCUCUUUGUGUCUGUCUCUCCAACACAUAGACACACACCUACACUAUUAUUUUACCUACUAUUAGAAUUUGCCCUAAAACGCUGAAGUAGGAUCUGUUCGCUAGUAUGUGGUGUGUGCAAGGUGCUUCUCACACUGACAAAGUACUUUUAUUUUUAUUUUUUUUAAAGCAGUCACCGUUGCCCUACAGAUGGCGCCAGUGAACCUUUCUUCAUUUAGAACAGGGCAAAUCCUCGCCAAAUAUUGUGGAUUGUUUAAUGUUCAAGCGCUUUUUAAAAACCUCUUUAAAACAGCAGUCUCUUUACUAUAUGCAAAUCGUUGUUACUUUGUCUUAUUCACGCAAUAAAAUGCGGUAGGCAUAA